UUCCAACUGAAACUUAAACCAAGAUACCCGGUGAGAACCGGUGGAUACACCAAUCACCUAAACCAGACGAAAGAAACAUUAACAAUGUCUUUUUUAUUUUUAUUUUUAUUUAUCUGCGUAGUAUUAAAUACAUUGAUGAUUGUAGUAUCACUGAUAAAGCGGGAGACCGUUUGCAAACUUCAUAAUUUAUAGUAUGACAUUUUGCUACAAUUGACAAAAAAAAAAAAAAAAAAAAAAAAACACCUUUCGGUGCUUUACUCAAGUGUUUGACAUUCCGGGAAACUUUUUCUAAUUGAAGGUGGGACAUUGUGGCUCUUGCUUAAAAAGCAAGAGCCACAUUAAUAGGACUACACAAAAAUAUCAAAGAAAUUACAACUUCAGGCAAGAUUUCGUAAUUCCAGGGGUUGAUCAGAUUUGAAUACAGAAAACAAAAUCGUUUUUUAAGGUAGAAAUACAUUGUUAAGAAUGGAUAAUGACCGCUCACAAGCAAACUGUUCCACGCCGUCAAUAGUGACAGUGGGAAGGGAAAGUAUGGAAUCGUCUUUAAGUUCCAGUGCAGGUGAUAUUUUAAUAAGAUCAACAAGUCUUCAUCAUGCGAGAAACACGAGCGCCGACAAUGAUCGUGAUGUGAGUAAUGUCUCCAGUGGAUUUGUUUGCUACAAUAAAAAGGUUAAAUUCUCAGUUAAAAAGCUCCGGGAAGUUGGUUCUCCGUACCACACGAAUGAGUACAAGAAACAGGUAGAAAAAAAGAUACCUGACCAGAUGUAUAUAUCCCACCAGCGUUACCUGCUAAUAAACCUGCCCACCCUGCUGAUGAUAGGAGAAGAGAGUCAGUACGUGAUGCUGAUCCUCUGAUUCCUGCUUGGAACACCUCAGAACGACAGCCUUUGCAUGGAUGUGAAAACAGCCCAGGCUCUAUGUCCCAUCAGGGGCCAGAAGAAGAUGCUCAGGAGCAUGGUGUAAGAGGCACCUUUUUUAAAAAUCCUCCAGGUGGCAGUGGAAAAGAAGGAAGUGACAUAGUGAUCUCGCAGUAUUCUGCUGGUCGAAAAGAAGCAAUGAAAGCAGUUUUUAAACAGAGAUCAAAAACUGGUCCUGUCUGGAAAGAGGUAAAGGUGCAGUUUCUGGAAAACCAGUCAUCAGCAAAGGAGACCACAGUGACAGAAAGCAGACCUUCUUCCCACUGUGCAGCAAAUCCAACCAUCACUGCAGCUGCUGCCACUGCAACUGUGCCUCUUCUCAAGUCUCGUUUGAUGAGCUCUACAAUCAAUGCUGUUGGGCUCAUUCCAGCUUAUUCUCACACAGUGCAUCACGGUUCAGCAGCCAAUUCACAACCUGGUCUGCAGCAGUUGCCUAGCAACUACAGCCAAGAUUCACAUCUUGGAUCUCAGUAUUCUGGCUCCCUUGCAGCAGCAGCAGCUUACCCAAGCCGGCACAUUCGACAUGGUGCUGCUGUACAGAAGUCCCCGCUGGAGACUCCAGUUCCUCGUAGGUUUGCACCGGUUCCCAUGUCCAGGGAUGGCAAAGUGCAGCACAGGAAUGACAAGCCUGCGGUGGAGAAAACCACAGUCAGUGGAUCUGUGUCUACAACCAGGCUGGGAAAUAGGAGGCUUUUGGAAGAGAUUCUUAAUGAGCAAACUGCAGAGGGAAGCAGAGUGGCCAUGGCAACAGUAGGCAGAUAUCCAGAGAGAUCCAGCUCUGGCAGCCUGCUGACUGAAUCCUUUCCAGCUUUUGAACCCCCCUCUAGGGGUUCGGGCCAGGCCGAGGUAGCUACCAGCACAGCUGUACAGAAAGCCACUGAUGUGCUUCACAACCUUGGCAGACUGAAGAACGAGAUGCAAGGCCUGUUGCAGGAAGGACAGCAAUGGAAACCAAGUGUGCAACACCACUCCAAGCUUCAUGACACAUUUACAAUGGAACAGAGUGUGCAGGCUAGGCAGAACAUGAGCCACAAAGCUAUCGAUCCAACGCCUCUUCAGCAGCCUCUGCUUGCAGGGGCUGCUCCCCUCAUGGAUAUUGCAGACCUGCCCCAGCUCCCUCAGCCCUCUUUUCUCCAGAAAUCCAAGGCCCCCAAGUCCAUGUUUGAAGAUGCUGAAAGGAUACUGCGAGAAGUGAAGAACAACAAGAAAGUCCUUGAAGAAAACUUGGAAGCCAUUAUGCGGGCAAAAGAUGGAGCUGCCCUACACUCUCAGAUUGAGGCUUUGUCAACCAACAGGGAUGCAACUGAAGAGACACGAAUCAAGAAGACAGUGGAUGCCUGGAUUGGCACUCUCAGCGAUUUAGACUGCCUCUGCUUUCCUAAUGAAAUUGCAAGAAAAGAUGUUCUGUCACAAAUGAAAGUGAAGGAGAAAGAAGCUGGUACUGUUUCAUCUCACAAGGGUCGUGGUGCCAAGGACAUGAAGCUGCACAGAGAUGUGAAAAAUAAAACCCAAAGUAAACGAGUAACUCAAAGCUCUGUGAAGCCCUUUCAGAACCUAGCAGGAGAACAUUCUGAAAGGUCUGGUGCAAAGAGUAGACCAUUAACUUUGCAGAGGAAAGAGAAAGCUGCCAAGGUGCCACUGGUUAUGCAGAAGUCAGUAAUGGAGGAUGAAGACUAUCUUUCGAGGGUUUAUGGGAAGGCUUUGUAUCAGGGCCAUCGCAGCAGUCUGAAGAAAGGCCCAUAUCUCAGAUUGAACUCUGCUUCACCAAAAUCCAAACCCCAGAGGCCCAAAGUGGUGGAAAGUGUCAAAGGUCAGUAA